AUGACAGCCAGCGGCGACAGCCCUGUCCCUUGUGACGACCCCAAAGCGCCGGCCGACUAUGUCCGCUUCAGGUGCCUCCCCCCGGGCGGUCCGCUGAACAGGUGGUCCACCGCUCUGACGCGGGAGCAUGACUUUCCCGGGGCACAGGCCAUGCUCUACGGCGCCGGAGUGCCCAGCAGGGAGGUGAUGAAGAAGGCGCCGCACGUCGGCAUCGCCUCCGUAUGGUGGGAGGGCAACCCGUGCAACACACACCUCCUUGAUUUCGGCAAGAUUGUCAAAACCUCCGUCGAGAAGCAGGGCAUGCUCGGCUGGCAGUUCAACACGGUCGGCGUGUCUGAUGCCAUCACCAUGGGCGGCGACGGCAUGCGAUUCUCCCUGCAGACGCGCGAGCUCAUCGCCGACUCCAUCGAGUCCGUCACCAUGGCCCAGCAUCAUGACGCCAACAUUUCCAUACCGGGCUGUGACAAGAACAUGCCUGGCGUCGUCAUGGCAGCCGCGCGUCACAACCGGCCCUUCAUCAUGAUCUACGGCGGCACCAUCCGCAAGGGUAACUCGACGCUUCUCGGGCGCAGCGUCAACGUGAGCACCUGCUACGAGGCAGCGGGUGCGUUUGCCUACGGCAAACUGCAAGCCGCCGACAAAGCUGCCGACGCCAGCCCCUCGGACGUGCUCGAGGACAUCGAGCGGCAUGCCUGCCCCGGCGCCGGCGCCUGCGGCGGCAUGUACACGGCCAACACCAUGGCGACGGCCAUCGAGGCCAUGGGCCUGACGCUGCCCGGCUCCUCAUCCUUUCCUGCGCUCUCUCCCGAGAAGGCGCGUGAGUGCGAGCGCGCCGCCGAGGUCCUUGCCACGGCCACGAUGCCCCUCGACAUCCGCCCGCGAGACCUGCUGACGCGCGCCGCCUUUGAGAACGCGCUCGUGCUCACCAUGGCCCUCGGAGGCUCCACCAACGGUGUAUUGCAUUUUCUGGCCAUGGCUCACACGGCCUGCGUGCCCCUGACGCUCGAUGACGUCGCCCGCGCUAGCGACCGCACGCCUCUGCUCGCCAACCUGGCCCCGAACGGCACUUACCUCAUGGAGGACCUGUAUGCCGUCGGCGGUACCCCCGCCGUCCUCAAGAUGCUCAUCGCCGCCGGCCGCAUCGACGGCACCAUCAUGACCGUCACCGGUCGUACCCUCGCCGAGAACGUCGCUGACUGGCCAAGUCUCGACCCCGGCCAGAAGAUCAUCCGUCCGCUCGAGGACCCCGUCAAGCCGACCGGUCAUAUCCGCAUUCUGCGCGGCAACGUGGCCCCCGGCGGAGCCGUCGCGAAGAUAACCGGCAAGGAGGGCUUGUCCUUCACCGGUCUCGCCCGUGUCUACGAUUGCGAGCGCGACCUCAACUCGGCGCUGUCCAAGGGUGCCAUCAAGCGUGAGCACGGCAACCUGGUUCUGAUUGUUCGCUAUGAAGGGCCCAAGGGGGGGCCCGGCAUGCCCGAGCAGCUGCGGGCGAGUGCCGCCAUCAUGGGCGCCGGCCUCACGAACGUCGCCCUCGUGACUGACGGCCGCUACAGCGGCGCAUCGCACGGCUUCAUCGUCGGCCACGUCGUCCCGGAGGCGGCUGUAGGCGGACCCAUUGCCCUGUUGCGCGACGGUGAUCGAGUCACGAUCGACGCCGAGACGAACCGCAUUGAUGCCGCCGUGUCGGUGGAUGAAAUGGACCGUCGUAAGGCGGAAUGGAAGGCGCCCGAGCCGCGUGUGAAGAGGGGAGUGCUGGCCAAGUAUGCGAAGCUUGUGGGCGAUGCUAGUCACGGAGCUGUGACGGAUGCAACGUGA